UUCACCGAAAAUGCACUGGGCCUCUGACAGUACUGUAGGCGCCUGUGUUUACUUCAAAUGCAGUGGCUUCCGGGCACAAGAUUCUGUGUAAGUUCACUGCUCACCUUGCGGAUCUCAACAUGGUCCGCCCAGCACCACUUGCCUGCACGGAAUGUCGCAAGCAACACCUCAAAUGCGACGCAAAGACACCGUCAUGCUCCCGCUGUCUUGAAAAUCGAUUCAAUUGUCUGUAUUUACCCUCACGGCGGGGAGGAAGGCGGAAGACUCAGGGUGCGACUCAACAACAGCCCCUAGCUACAACUCCCAGCUAUCCUCGUCUUCUACAGCAGCAGCCAAUGACUUCGCAUCUAGCUACACCAAGCACGAUCAUCCCCCACCAUGCUUCUAGUGUCAAUAUGACAGAGGUAUCGCCUUCCUCCUCGGGGCAGCAAGACCUUCCGAUCCAGUUAGCGGAGGAUAUUCAAGACCCAACUGAGUCCGAUGCCCGGCUGGUUCGCCUGUAUUACGAGAACUUUCACUCUGCGCACCCAAUCUUGGUCCCCGCUCCUCUUUAUGAGGAGCGCAAAUAUCCGAAGUAUUUGCACGAGGUGGUUGUCCUGAUAGGAAGCCAUUUCUUGCCGCAGUCGAGUGCGUCGCUAUCUGAAUCAGCACUGGCUGAGUUGAGCGCCAGCGGUGAGAGGACUCCGUGCAAAGUUCAGGCCCUUCUCCUUUACUCAAUACUGCUAUGCGCCCGCGAAGAAUGCCCGCAAGCCCAGAUCAUGUUCUCUACUGCGGUUGACAUCGCUUUGGAGCUGGGCAUGUACCGACGAGACUUUGCGACAACAUCAUGCGACGAAAGAGACGUUGAAGCAGAAAGUCUGCGCAGGACGUGGUGGGAGCUCUUCACCGUGGACGUCUAUAUGGCUGCUUUACAGAAAAAGGUCGUCCUGCGAUGCAGCAGCGUUCCAUAUGACGUUGCCCUGCCUUGUGAAGAAUCGGCCUAUGUCAACCAUUCGAACAUCCCAACCCCGCCAACCCUUGCUGGAUUCAACAAACGGAUUUUCACUGCUGACGAUGAUGAUGAUGGCGAGGCUGACCAGUCUCGGUAUUCAUCUUUCAGUUAUCGUAUUGAAGCAGUGUGUAUUCUGGCUCGUGUCAUCGUGCUUAACAGUUUACCCGAGACACACAGGGACCAUCUGCAAGCUGUGGAAAAUGCGCUUGUCAGCUGGACAAACCACCUCCCAUCAACCAAAGUGGACAUUGUGGAUAUGUACGGCAGCAUUGAUGAAAUGCUCUUUCAAGCACAUACAACAAUUCAUUAUGCGGCCAUGCUUCUACAUCUCCCGAGAAGCAAUCUGCGACCUGCUCUGCCAGACACAGGGGCUCCCAUCAGUCCAGUAAUCCCAUCCCGUCUCUCGCCAUCGUUUACCCGGCAUGUCCACGACAUUAAAGCCACAGAAGCCUCUAAGCAACUGUCGAAUCUGCUGUCUGUGCGACCAAGCGUUCAGAGAUAUAGUCCGUUUGUCGUGUUUGGACUUGUGCUAUGCGGCAUGGUGCAGCUUGCUACCAGUCGAAUCCAUCCGCCGGAGUGUUCGGAUCAUCACUGUAACCGCAUAAUCCUUGUUCUUGGCUGUCUGAAGACGUUGAAAAACAAGUGGUCAGUAGCCAACAGGGCUCACCAUUAUCUAAGAAAUGCAGCGUCGGAAACCUUUACGGCUUGGAUCGAGUCUCGCUAUCCACAGGCCAGUGGCAGUGCACCGCCAGCCUCCCGCAUUGAUGCUUCGAGCAAUUCUUCGACUAUCGAUAGUAGUGCAUGGAUCGUUGCCCCUGGGAUUCCGGGUGCCUUACGCUCAGCAGACGCGGAUGUUCAGGGCCUCUUCUCACCUGGGCUUCUCUCGGCUUACAUUGAUCCCACUUGCAGCGAACCACUGCUCUUGCACACGAUGCCCGACCUCGAUUUCACAUAAUCUGCAGCUUGAUUCCCCAUCAAGCAACACUUGAGUCAUUGAGAGCAGAUUG